GAUCGACUUCGCUUUUUCUUUGGGGAGGGGCGGUGGGGGCCCUCCGGAGGUGGGGGUUAUGAAGGGGGGGUCCUCCACUUUUUUCUUUCCUGUGCCUCGCAGUACGUGCCUGGAUAGUUUGUGGAUAUGAUCGCUGACUGGAGUCCGGGCUGUUGUUGCAGUGUUUGCGGGGGGAAAGCGGGCUAAAAGGAGACCAGACAGCGCCCCCCCUCCCACCCACCGAUCCCCCCCAUUUCAUUUCUCCCUCCCCAACACAUUCUCUCUCUGUCUCUUUUUUCGGGGGCCCCUCCCCGUUUUUGGCGAUGGUUCGGACAUUCCAUGCCUGGAAGGAACUUGACUGGGCUCCGGUGUAAGAGGGAGAUUUGCCUUGCAGUUACUUCUGUGUGCUCCAGUCCGGGGAUGACUCGCUCGGUUUAAAAAUGCUGCUUUGGAUUCUGUUGCUGGAGACGUCUCUUUGUUUCGCUGCCGGGAAUGUUACAGGGGACGUUUGCAAAGAGAAGAUCUGCUCGUGCACCGAGAUCGAGGGCGAUUUGCACGUCGACUGCGAGAAGAAGGGCUUCACCAGCCUGCAACGGUUCUCGGCCCCCACAUCCCAGUUCUACCAUUUGUUCCUGCACGGCAAUUCCCUCACUCGCCUUUUCCCCAAUGAGUUCGCUAACUUUUACAAUGCAGUCAGCUUGCACAUGGAGAACAACGGCUUGCACGAAAUCGUGCCGGGGGCUUUCCUGGGGCUGCAGCUGGUGAAGCGGUUGCACAUCAACAACAACAAGAUCAAAUCCUUUCGCAAGCAGACCUUCUUGGGGCUGGACGAUCUGGAAUACCUCCAGGCUGAUUUCAAUUUAUUGAGGGAUAUUGACCCGGGGGCCUUCAGGGACUUAAACAAGCUGGAGGUGCUGAUUUUAAACGACAACCUCAUCAGCAUCUUGCCAGCCAAUGUGUUCCAGUACGUGCCCAUCACCCACCUGGAUCUGCGGGGCAACCGCCUGAAAACCUUGCCUUACGAGGACGUGUUGGAGCAGAUCCCGGGCAUUGCUGAGAUCCUGCUGGAGGAUAACCCUUGGGACUGCACAUGUGACCUGCUGUCCCUGAAAGAAUGGCUGGAGAACAUCCCCAAGAACGCCUUGAUCGGCCGGGUAAUUUGCGAAGCUCCCACUCGCUUGCAGGGCAAGGAUUUAAACGAGACCACGGAGCAAGAGCUGUGCAGGAAAACCCGCGUGGAUUCCAGCUUGGCAGCUCCCCCUGCAGAAGAGGAGACGUGCGACCCUGGCCCCAUUCCAACCCCGUUUAAGAUCCACGGCAAGGAAGAUUCUGCCACGCCUGGCUCUGCUCCUCACGGGGGCACAAAGAUCCCGGUCAACUGGCAGAUCAAGACCCGGCCGACCGCUGCCGGCUCCACGCUGAGCGUGAAAGGCAAACCCUCCACCAGCAGCAUGCCUUGCCCUGCUACCUGCACCUGCCACCCGAUCCCAGGGGGGUUCAAAGUGAAUUGCAAUGACGGCAACGUCAGCAGCCUGGUGGAUCUGAAGCCCAAACCGUCCAACGUGCACGAGCUCUUCUUGCGGGGCAACAAGAUCCACACCAUCCGGAAAUCGCAUUUUGUGGAUUACCGAAAACUCAACCUGUUGGACUUGGGCAACAACAACAUCGCCACGAUGGAAAACAACACGUUCAAGAACCUCUUGGAGCUGGUGUGGCUGUACAUGGACAACAACUAUUUGGACAUUCUGUCUAGAGAGAAGUUCAAUGGGUUGCAGAACCUGGAGUACCUGAACAUGGAGUUUAAUGUCAUCCAGCUCAUCAUGCCAGGGACUUUCAAUGCCAUGCCCAAGUUGAGGGUCCUGAUCUUGAACAACAACCUGCUGAGGUCCCUUCCUGUUGAUGUCUUUGCUGGGGUCUCUCUCUCCAAGCUCAGUAUCCACAACAACUAUUUCCCAUACCUGCCCGUGGCAGGUGUGCUGGAUCAGCUCACAUCCAUCACCCAGAUAGACCUGCAUGACAACCCCUGGGACUGUAAAUGUGCCAUUGUCCCUUUCAAGCAAUGGGUGGAGAUGCUGAGGCCCAAGGUGAUGAUGAGUGACCUGAGAUGUGAGACUCCAGAAGAAUUCUUCAAGGAGGACUUUGAAUCUCUCUCCAACGAGGCCAUUUGUCCUCAACUCAAAAUCUUGCCCACCUUGACUUCCAGCCAUAAGAACAGCACUGGUUUGGCCGAGACUGGGACACACUCCAACUCUUACCUGGAGACCAGCAGGGUCUCCAUCUCGGUGCUGGUGCCCGGCCUUUUGCUGGUCUUCGUCACCUCUGCUUUCACAGUGGUUGGCAUGCUAGUCUUCAUCUUAAGGAACAGGAAGCGCUCCAAGAGGAGGGAUGCCAACUCCUCUGCCUCUGAGAUCAACUCUUUACAGACUGUCUGUGACUCCUCCUACUGGCACAAUGGACCCUACAAUGCAGACGGAGCCCAUAGAGUAUAUGACUGUGGCUCUCACUCCCUAUCAGACUGAGACACCAGAGUGGGGAAAUACAAAAAUUAAAAUAAAAUUAAAAAAUCAUUUAUGGGCAAUCAGUUCCACUUCAGCAGCUAGCAACCUAAACUUCCCCCCAGUGGCUCAAGCUCCCGUUCCCUGAUCUGUGCAUUGCUGUCUAGUUUGUUGAUGUGAAUGGACCACACCAAGGGAUGGGGCUUAGCCCAACUAAAGCUACCUUCUGAUGAAAAACACCUACCCACUCACCAAACUGGGUGGAGAGCUGUGAGUGGAGGCCUACUUUUUUUCUUUUUUUCUUUUGCCUAGCUUCCAGCCUGAGGCUGUGCUUGGUGCAACUGUGCACAGCAUAAGCGAUAGAAAAGAAGGAAGGAUCCAACCAAAGAGCCAAGAACGGCUCAACUUGUGGUCAAAAAGAGAAAGAAUUUUAAAAGUACACUCUUGCAGGGUGAGCCAUAACCAUGUGGAUUUAUUGACCCUGUGUGUAGUGAGGAGACAAGGGCGCCCCCUGGUGUCCUCCCUAUUGCAAACAAACCAGGAGUGUUCAGUUGCACGAAGGCAUGAAUGUAAUGUAAAUAAAUGACUCUGAUUUAAAACAAAACAAACCCAAGUUGCUGCAUGGUUCGCAUGGAUACAAACCACCCAGGGACGCUUCAGCCCCCAAUGGAAGCAGCGUCCAGUUCACCUCGUCCUCCCUCUUACCUGAUAAGUUCCAUCGUAUCAAACUUUCUAUAUACAAAAUACAGUAUGAUAAGAAUAAGAAUAAACAAAAAAGUGCCAUUUCGCCAUUAUUUUUGUGUGAUUGAUAGGCAGUAGAGAUCGUCCUUUUACUGUGAAACAAGCAAGGGGGGGGAAUGUAAAGCUUUUAUUUAAGACAUGUUUGCAUGGCUAUACUCUCAUGGGUUCAGGUUUUGCGUUUGGGGUGGGGGAAACUGAAUUACAUUGUUGGGCGAUUUUUAUCUCUGUUGGGGGAGGGCGGAAGGGGUCAGUUUGCUUCUGGUUCUUCUUUUUUUGAGUUUCCUUUGGAAAUCAACAUCUCCAAUAAUGCCUUUCCAUCUGAAUGUAAAAACGAAAACGAAAACACAAAAAGCACCCCUAUCCUUGUCGUUUUCUCUGAGGAUAAAAGUGUUAAAAUAUUGAAUUUUCAUUUUUUAACAAAAACAGACACACACACACAAAUCGGAAGCAGUUAAGCACGAUCAGUUAACGCCACUCGAGUGUUUAAGCUGCAAAAAGUUGAAUGGGAGAAGGUUUUUGUGCUCUUGUACAUCACACUCUAUAAAAACUGAAGAAAAUCUGAGCUGGGGAGGGGGAGAAACCAAGUGAGACUGACUGAUUCUAUUUGAGGAUUUUAUAAUGGCAUAUUUUUUCAGUAUUAAAGUGAAAAUGUUUUCAAA